CCCCGACUUGUUUCUUUACUUUCUAAAAAUAAUGACAACAACCAAGGUCUACACUGUUGCUCAGCUACCGUCAUUACCACGUGAGAUUCAGUAUAAAGUUUUCGAGGGUUUGUCAUUUGAUGAUUGCUUGAAAUGCAGCCAACUGUCCAGAGCAUGGCGAUCGGCAGUGCUCAAUUGGCAAGGAAUGUGGAAGUGUCUACGGCUGCACGAAAAUUUCAGAUACUUUGAGAUCCAUUGCGAUCGUAUUGGAAGGUCAGCAUAGUAUCGACGUAGACGCUUAUUGGGGCAAAACCAGAC